AAGCUAUUUUUCUAGACUUAAAUUGCUCAAUGUAAAGGCAUCUUAAAAUAUCUGCUUUCAGAUUCCACAGAAAGCACUUGCAGAGACCUUCUGGAGAUUUGGACCUCUCUGGAAGCUGCACAUUACACAAUGAAAAUCCUUCUGGCCUUCCUUCUUGCAAUGGGCAUCAUAGUGACACAGGGUGAUGCUUUCUGCUUUCAUCAAUUCUUCAAGCCAGGGGAGGCUGAAAAAGGCUGUAUGGUGGAUGGAGUAUUGUACCCCUUUGGAGAGAUCUCAAGGACAGAAAAUUGCCUCACAUGCAGUUGCAGUCAACACGAAAUGCACUGCUGCUCCCUCUAUACUACUCCUGUGAAUUAUGACAAAGAAACAUGUAAAGUCAUUUUCAACAAGAAAAACUGUGACUAUGAUGUGGUACAGAAGCACCCCUCAAAGCAGUGCACUCGAUUCACUCGUAUAGGCUAACAAUGUGCCCUGCUUCAAGCCACUCUGUGCUGUGGGAUUCACCUGUUCCUGGAGAAGCUUUGCCCUCAUAGAGAUGCUCAAAGACAUGAGAGAUCUUAUAACAAAGAGUACUCCAGUGGAUCCUUCUUAAUCUCCCAAUUAUUCUAAUUCAGUAAACAAGAUGCAUAAUCAGAGACAAAGUCUUAUUUCUUUCAUUACUUGCAUUGAUAUCACUGAGCUUUGUUGAAAAAUAAAUCCAGGUGAAAUAUUUAGAA